CUUCAAGCCUCGCGCCUCAAGUGUCGACAACCUUUGAAGGCCAUCUCCUACGGCACCGUUCCUGCCAUCGCGCAUCUCCUCGACCGUCAAGGCAAAACACGCGCUUGUCAUCGAGAAAGAAACUGUAACAAACAAGCCCGACUCUAUAGCUUGGCGUGAGCCUUUCCCACUGCGAGGCACUGCAGAAGACGCGACCGAGACCACCACCUCUGCUGCCCUUGCGCCGGCCAGCAUGAGGCAUCCUCAACACCGACUUUGAAGCGCGCACAUAAUUCACAAUGGAUCGCUCAAAACCCCAGUCAUUCAUCACAACCUACGCCCCGCGUCUGCGCGUGUACAGCAACUCCCUCCUCACACCUGCUCAGUCCUCGGGCCAACCCAUCGCGCCCUUGUCUCGCACCACGAAGCGCGGCACAACUAUAAUCAACUAUGCGGAAGACGGCUACGAGGAGAUUGACGAGGACAGCGAUGAUCCCCGCAGACGGCCGACUGGGCUGAGAAGCCUACGAAGGGAGGACACAACCCAACGUGCCGACCUAGGGGAUCGACCGGCCAAAGAGACAAGGGAGCCCGUCGACGUCCAGGGGAUUUGGCGAGAUUGGAUAGGGAAGCCUCGUAAUGUGAGGACGGACCAGCAGCUCGCCGCCCAGGCCAAUCUGCCAUUGACCCUGAUCCCGAUUCGGAUUGACAUCGAAAUCCCCUCCUUCACGCCGCCAGCACCUUUCCCGGUCCCGAAUCACAACUCAAUCGACUUGUCAAUGCCACAAUACCGCCCACAGGAGCCAACGCCGACAUUCAAGCUGCGCGAUAUUUUCUGCUGGAAUCUGCACGAGACUCUCAUCACGACAGAUCAGUUCGCCAUGACAAUGGUACAGGAUCUGGAUCUACCGAACAGAGCCUACUGGGCCCAGGAAAUCAGCAAACAGAUCCGGACGCAGCUGGAAGAAUAUUCAGGCGUCGCACUGCACCCUCUCUUUCACGCAGAAGCACAGGCCCCGGCACAGCCACAAGCGGUUGCGCCCGCAAUGACCAAUGGCGCUGCCAACGACACACCCAAGCCUGUCGAUACGCCCAGGCUAUUGUCCAUUGGCAACACGCGCGACGGGUCACCGGCCACGCCGAACCCAGCAGCCUCUCAACCAGACACUCCAGGUCCAACGACGACUGGUGGCGUGGAAACUCCUGCUGCGGCGGCGGCGCCAGCUGCGGACGAGAAGCCCAAAGUCACCGCCGAGGCAACCCCUAUUCUUCCCGGCUCCGACGAAUACAACCCCGACGACACCUACCGCUGCAUUGUCAACAUUAACCUGAACCUGUCCUCCUUCCUCUACACCGACAAAUUCGAGUGGUCAUUGCUGCAUCCGCCCGGUACGGCCGAGGCUUUCGCCAAGAUGACCUGUACCGAUCUUGGUUUGACGGGUGAGUGGGUUCCAGCUAUGACGCACGCAAUCUACGAAGCUGUCCUGCGUCUCAAAAAGGAAGCGUGCGAGGCUGGAGGCAUUGUUGCCGGUUGGGGCGGUCUGCAACAAGAGCUGCCCAACGACGCAGUGCAUGGCACAGAGGCAGGGUGGCGGUACGAACCGGACCAUCUCGCCGAUGACUGGGAGCCGAAGAUUGAGAUUCUGAGCAAGGAAGAGAUCGAGAAACGAGAGGGCGAUCGCGGGCGGGAAGUCCGUCGCCUGCGCCGCGAGACCGCCAGAUUCAGCUCUACAUCUGGUCUUCUUGGUGGAGCUCCCUUUGGCGCCGCGGCAGCGGUUCUGGAUGCCGACGAGGAGCGGAUGGGCCGCGGCGAGCGCUCCAAGAAGAAGCGCCGUUUCCGCAGUCUCAGUCCGCAGGGGAGGUCAGGAACACCAGGAGGCCGCGGGACACCCGACGUUGGCGGCUAUGGGGGUGGUGGUGCCUUGACGGAGCCAGAGCGGUCGCAGUGGCGAUGCACGCAUUGUAAAAUCUGGGGUUCGAGUGUGUGGGCAGUUCGCGACGGCCCAGCUGGUCCAAGGUCCCUGUGUGCCAACUGCGGCUUGACCUACGAGCGUGACAGGAAAUUGCCCCGGCAGACUAGAGACCUGCACCUCCUGGACCGCUGAGAGCAGUCCAUGCUUUGAGGACUCACAUGUUUUUGCGGACUUGGUUGCGGUGUCAUCAUCUUGGCUUGACGAUCUGCGAGAAGGCGCAGAGGAUCAACAUUGCGGCGUUCUGGGGGGAGGGAAAAGGAGUUCUAGAGAGCUCGAGGGUAGAGUGCGGCUGGCUUGCAUUGGGAGAUGUGACGUGCAAGACACGCCUGACAUGUAGCAACUUUUCCAUGUUUAGUCACGAUGUCCUUUGGAGGCUGAGGCUCCAGACGGGACAAUUUAAUCUUUUCAAUGGCAGGAAUGACAAUACCAA